AUGAUUCUUGGCUAGAAGAACCACGAGCUUAAUUAACCUUUGCUUUCAUUUUCUUUUUCAAACUCAGAAAAGAAAAAUGAAACUUAAAAUGAUGUGAUUGCAAGAUUCUUUUCAAAAUACUACUUAUACACAGCGAUGAUAGUUGGAGUGUGUUACGGGUCUUACAAUUUCUUAUUAUAUCUUGCAGUUGGCUAGACAUUUGAACUCAGAAUAGUCUUUCUAAAUUAAAUGGCAAACUUGACAUUUUUCCUUUCCUUCUAAAGUAUCAGUGCUAUAAUAAAUAAAAAGCGAAACGGUAGCUUUUGGUUAAAGCAAACUUCUUGUUACUAUGACGAAGAAGGAAAGUAUGACUGGAGAGUUUUAACUAUUGUAACUGGUAGAUCGAUUUCUCAAAUAGUGUCUAUCACCUUGCUCUAUUUCACUCUGGAGGCCUCGUUAAAAUCUGGAGUCAAUAAUUCCAUCAUACUUUCAAUAUAUGGAGCAGCAUCAAUCUUCACAGCAAUAGCUUUUUACUUUAUUUUUAAUGAGAAACUUGGAGUAAGACAUAUUGUAGGAAUUAUGCUAAUGACAUUUAGCUUGAUACUAAUAGCCAGCGGUAAAUAUUAAGUCAAUGAGCAGGUAUAAUUGAGAACUGGUAUAACAGAAGAAACAAAGCUUAGUGUUUUUGUCCCUAUAGUCUUAGCUAUUUUAAAUUGCUUUGCUUUUGUGGCAGGAAGUUACUACUCCAGAUAAAUGAAAACUACAAAGCUCUCGAUAUUUUAAUAUACAGCUGAUUCAGCUGCAUUUAUUUCAAUACUAUUCUCAAUUCUCGCCUUAGUAUAUCAUUUUAACUACAAGCCCUACACAUCUGAAUAGUUUAAGCUGGUAGCAUUAAGCUCUUGUUGUCAAGUGAUUGGCUAAAUAUUUUUUGUAGGUUCAGGUGCUUAUGGUAAUGGUGGGUUAGUUUAAGCUAUGAUUUAAGUUUCAGCCCCCUACCAAAUGCUAUUGGAAAUAUUUGUAUUAAAUUAGUACCCUACUUUAAUGGGAGUUGCUGGAAUGGGCUGCUGUAUUGGAGCUACAGUCUAUAUUAUUCUCAGUAAUAAAUGA